AUGGGCCAGAAAUCCUCCCUCCCAAUACGCCCACACUCGUUCCCGCAGUUCCGCCGUAAUAAGAAGCAGGCGGCGGAGAGCACAAAGACGGGCAUCACAUCGCCGAUCAAGCUGCCGAGCACGAAGAGCGGGCCCUCCUUCCUCAAGCUCAAAGCCGAGCCGCCGCCGGCCGCCCUCUCCUGGCCAAUCGACCACUCGCACCGCCCGGCAGGCGACAACAACGACGACGAUGAGAGCUGGCGCGCCGCGGACCCCUUCGCGCCAAUGUUCACGUCGUGGAAGUCGGGCCGCAUAACGGCGCGGUGCGUCAUGUCGCCUUCUGGGCACUUGCAUGUGCGCGCGCAGUGGGACGGCCUGGAAGGGCUGUCAGAGCUCGUGUCGCGCCUGAACCAGUGCCGCAUCUUCUCGCUCGCCGUCGAGAUCAAGCACCCGCAGCACCAGGCGGCGUCGCUCCUCCUCCGUACCCUCAACAUCCCCGGCCUCGCAAUCCUCGACAUGGGGUGCACGCCCCUGCCGCCCCAGUCGUUGCCCGCGCUGGCGCUCUACCUCUCCUCCGGGCGAGGACAUGGGCUCGAGACGCUGGUCGUCCCCCUACCAGGCCCAGAGUUUGUCGAGCCCUUCGCCAACGCAAUCAACCACAACUUGACCCUCACGUUCAUCUGCCCGCACGGCGCACUGUCGCGCUCCCCAGACGAGGACGACCGCACAAUACACGGUGUGCGGCUGCCCCUCUGUCCUUGUAAGCCAGGCCCGCUCACCGUCGAAUGCUUCGAGCCAGCGCUCCGCGGGCUCAUUGUCCGCAACAGCGCGCUUACGGCGCGCAUCCGCGCCGCCGCCGCCCAGGUCCUCCUGGCGGCCUUCAUCCUAAUCCACCCCGUCGACCUCGAAACGGAGGGCGUAUCAGCGCGCACGCUCUCCCGCGCACGCAGCAUCAAGCGCAUGGUCCACGUCGCCAAGCUCGAGUCCCAAUGUCCCGACUUUGCGUGGCUCUCGCCGUUCCAGGUCGGCGAUAUCGUGUCGCUAGUAAGCACGUGCAGCGACAAGCAGCGCACCGUCUUCACCGCGUGGCUGUCGGAGGCGCGGUCGUCGCGCGCGUGGUCCAACGAGGGGCCAGCGACGGUCGUGGCCUCGCGCGCAGGCCUGACGAUCGGCGGCGUCGUCGUCGACAACGAGGCCGAGGUCGUCGUCGAGCGCGCCCGCGAGACAUGGAUGGCGUGCGGCCGCAUGUGGUGGGACUGGGGGGUACGCCACGCGCUCGACUGGUGGGACGAGCACCAGGCCGGCCGCGAGCCGCCCACGCCGUGGUGGCGCGCCGAGGAGGACGCCCCCGACUGGUCGAAGGAGUCGAGCGACGCGUCCGAGCUCGACUCGGACACGAGCCACAGGUACGCUAUCACGACGGACGCGCACCCCGCCGACAUGGCCGCCGAGGAGGGCGAGGCGGCGUGGCCGCCCGCUGCGACAGACAGCGUCGCCUCCGCCGUUGCGUCGUUCUCCGGGCAGGAGGGCACGUCGAUCUCCCUCGCGGCCUUCCACGCGCGCGAUAUUAGGAGACGGAGAGUACAGAGCAUUCAGAGCACGCGGAGCUAUCGCAGUGCCGGGGCGGCCGAGUUGGCGUCCCCGCGAUUGAUCCUUUGA